AUGUCAAAAGAACCAUCCAGUUUCAGGUUGAAGCGCCUACCAACAAGACAACAAACGCCACACAUAGAUUAUAAGCAUAAUCGAGACCUUGUCAACGUCCUUCGAACGGCAACUUCAAAGCGACGUCAAAACAGCGCCGCACCAGCAGAAUUUGGAAUUCCAAACACCCAAAGCUAUCAUAAAAAGCGACUCAGAAAUAUUGGUAGUGGAAUGAAUCCGAACUCUACCGCCGUUAAAAGAAAAACAAAUAAUAUCGACUCCUCAAACGCGCGUUGUGCCGUACGUGUGGGCGACAUAGUGUGUCUUGUACAACAAGAUGGAGGAGCAGACAGACUCGCAAAAGUGUCGGAGUUAAGUACAUAUCACGACAAUCAAUUUGCUGUGGUGUGUGUUUGGUUAUAUAAGCGCGAAGAAAUCGUGGAAGAUUUGAUUGCGCAUGGCACUGCGGGCAGUCGCACUUUGACAGACGACAAAUCCUGGCGACACAUUAAUGAGAGAUGGGACAUGAAGCAGGAGGGAUUUGUGGGGGGCGACUAUAUGCUUAGUACGAAACGAACUAUUGUUCUAUGGGACACAGCCUUGAUUAGACUAGCACCAGAGGGCGUUUCGACAAGAGUCUGCCAGAAUUUAAUUUACGACGUUAACCUCUCUAGCCGAGAGAUAUGUGACGUGAACAAUCCAGCAAUGCAUUGGAUGAAGAAAAUUCUCUUAUCCAGGCCGGCCGGUUUUAUUCUUCCGGACGCCAAUUAA